UUUCGUUUCUCCCUUUUCCACUUAAUGCGCCGCAGUAGUCGGACGCUGUGAGCAGGCUGGUUCUCAAUUUCAAUCCAUCUCUCGUUCACAUUAAACGGGUUCCCCUCCCCCGAAUUUCAAUUCCGACUUCCCCUGGCCCGUCACUCCAGUAGCGACGAACAGCGGACAGAGUAACAACUCACACUGGUUGAGAGCUUGUUGCCAUUGAAUCACCUUUGAUCCGUCUCUUUUCCCUUCACUUUGCUGCUGUCGCAGUCUCUCGUUUCUGUCUUUCUGGGUCUCAAGUCGCACUGCUUCAAAACCCCGCGCCAUUGAAAGUCUCCCAGUCUCGAACCAUUGAAUCAUUGGUCUGAGCCCAAUAGCAAGGUCGCAAGGUGACAAAAGUCGGAUAUAUUAUUAUCCGUUUAGCAAGAAUAACUGCAGGUGAAACUUGUUGAAAGAUAAAGAGAAAACCAAACAAGAAACAAAAUUAAAAAAAAAAAUCACGCGCUUAAAAUGUCAACUCCAACUUCCUCGCGCGCGCCCUCUGAUGCCGUGCCUUCCAUCACGGAUCAAACUCUCAACGCUCGUCGUACCUCGCUCGGUUUUCUUCGUCGCUCUAAAUCCACCGAACCUCUCGGUGAACAACGCAAAGCAUCUGGAAGUCGCAAAAAGAUGACGAAAUCCCAAAUGAUGGAAGAGGAGAUGCGCCGUCAGCGCGAGUCGUACGCCCCAAAAAUAGCCCCUCGCCUGCCGGAUUUCUCCCCCGCCCCUCAGCUAGAGACAUUUGGAGGCGAAGAACGUGAUACCAUUAAGGCAGAGCCCGCCUUGCCUCGUCCUAAUUCUGGCUUUGCGGCACCACCCGUUCAAUCGCCCACGGACUCUAUGGAUCCGUAUGCCCGUUCCGAAAGCAUGACCCACCGGGGUCGCUACAGCUACGCCAGCAGCGCUGUCAGCACUGUCAACAGCCCUCGUCGGGUCCGUCGCCGCAAGGAUCCCACUUCUUACAACAUCCUGGUGGUUGGCGCUCGUAACUCCGGCAAAACCGAGUUCCUCAAUUUUCUUCGCAAGGCACUCACCAUGCCAGCACACAAGCACCCUAUUCGCACUCCUGAAGAACUGGAGGAGCUGGAACGCCAGACAUCCGCCUACGAAGGCUUCACGUCGCAGUAUCUUGAAACCGAAAUCGACGGGGAGCGCGUCGGCUUGACCCUGUGGGACUCCACCGGCCUCGAGCGCAACAUUGUGGAUCUGCAGAUGAAAGCCGUGACUGGUUUCCUUGAGAGCAAGUUUGAGGAGACCCUCGCGGAGGAGAUGAAGGUGGUGCGCUCUCCGGGAGCUCGCGACACUCACAUUCACUGCACUUUCCUGCUGCUGGACCCCGUUCGCCUCGAUGAGAACAUUGCCGCUGCUGAACGUUUUGCCAAUGCUACCUCCAAGGCUACCGACACCCCCGUGCUGGGCGUCUUGGAUCAGAAUCUCGAUUUGCAGGUGCUGCGCACCAUCCUGGGCAAGACCACUAUUGUGCCCGUCAUCAGCAAGGCGGACACCAUCACCUCCGCUCACAUGGGCUACCUGCGCAAGGCCGUCUGGAGCAGUCUCAAGAAAGCCAACAUCGAUCCUCUGGAGAUCUUGACCUUGGAAGACCAGGAAGAGUAUAGCUCGUCUGAGAGUGGUGAUGAGGAGUCGAUACAAGAGAGCGACCCCACGGAGCCCGAAAUCAUCGAUCCCGAAUCCGCAGAACCUUCCGAGGCCAAGGUGGAGACCAAUUUGGAGCGCACGCCAUCCCAGCGCAGCGAGAGCAAGUCCAUCGGAUCAGAUGGUCCUGCCAAUCCCCACGUGCCAUUCUCGAUCUUGUCCCCGGACCCACACUCCCUCGCUUCCGGGGAAGAACCGGUCGGUCGCCGAUUCCCUUGGGGUUUCGCCGACCCAUACAACUCGGAACAUUGUGACUUUGUCCGACUGAAGGACUCGGUGUUUACUGAAUGGCGAUCGGAGCUGCGCGAGGCCAGUCGUGUGAUCUGGUAUGAGCGCUGGAGAACCAACCGCCUCAACCGUAAUGGACAGCCUGCGCCCAUGCCUACCAAAUCCUACGGUGGUCGCAUGGGACCUGGUCAUGAUGGUCGUCGUACGCGUUAA